GUAAAGAUUUACUUGAGUCCUCCGUAGACCAUGUUUCGCAGCUUUUGCAGCAUCUGCAUCUUAAUAAGUCUAUCCUGUUUUGAAGUGACAAUGGCAACUGGGUGUGAUAUAGACCACGUGACAAUUAAUGCAACCAGCGGAGUAUCACUUAAUAUACCUGCAGGAAAGCUCGAAAACGUGGAGAAAAUAAUAUUAAAAAGAAAUAACGGCAGCACGUCUACAAAACUUUUUUCUUAUGAUCUUCAAAGCAAGAAACCUUUAUUGCGUAAUCAACGUUAUUCUUUCUAUGAUCUCAAUGGAACAGUGCAGUUUGUUGACCUCCGUGAGGAAGAUGAAGGAAACUAUGUCUUGGUAAAAGAACGCGGAACCCACGAAGAAAUGUGCUCAUUUAAUAUCAAAGUUUACGGUCAGAUCAGGAACAUAUCUAUCAAUCAAUCUCUCGUUCUUGUAAAUGACACCUGUGUUGUCAUCCUGAACUGCACGGCAUUGGCAAAGGAUGAAACAACAUUUUACUGGAGCCGAGACCAAGAGGAUCUGAGACAUAACAGCAAUAUAUUGCAGAUCAUUCUGACAUCAGACAAUGUUGAUAGCUACUAUAACUGCACAGCGAAGAAUUCUGUCAGUAAGAGUUCUGUUACCAUCAAACCAUUCACAGGAUGUAAAAUGCCACCAGAAAAGAACUUUGAUUUUUUUGUGGUAUCUGUCGCAGUGUCUCUGGCUGUGUUGGGGAUCAUUCUUACAUUCCAAAUCUACAAGGUUGUACAGCGUAGACACAAAACGACAGGUACUUUUACGCUGACUCCUCCAGAGAGAGCUCCACUGCCAGAGCCAGUAGAACCUCCCGCGGCUGGAUUUGUCACAAUAUAUUCCAAGGUUCAGAGGACACCGGUAAAAAACAACAUUGCAACAGGCACAGAGAGACCACGAGCAGAGCACAUGCACAGACUGGAUUUGCUUCCUGGAUACCAUCAACCGGAGUCUAACACACUAUCGACGAUAUAUGAGCUUGCGGGUCACUGUGAGCGUAAUGGGAACCUCACCUAGGAUUCAAAGUAUCAGAACUUACCAUAUAAAUACAUCUGUCUACAGCCUGCUGAUGUGCAGAAAUGAGAGCACUUUAUCUAUAUAGGUUAACUUUGAGAGGAGUUUGUAAAAUUUUAAAUAAUCUUUGUAUAUACCAUUGAUUCACUUAAAAGUUUAGAAAUUUCUUUACAGAGAUAAUAAUUCCGCAGGUAUUUGGAAGUCCUAUGAAUUUUAACCCACUCUGAUGCCAAGUUUAUUUGUAUAAAAUACCUGUCCUUUUCCGGUCCCUACCUCCAUUACUGUACCAAUUUGAAAUAUCUCUUAUUAUAUUGCCAAGAAUGAAGAUUAUUAUUUAUCUUCACAAAUGAAGUUGAUUACUAGUUUAAUUGCUGUUUUAUAUUGCUGUGCUGGUCUGCCACCCCCCUCCCCCAAAUUAACAAAAAAUAAAUAUAUAAAACUAAAACUCUCCUUGAUAGAGCAA